AUGGUGACCCGAGCUCUGGCCCUCGGGGUGGUUUCCCUCCUCCCCUCCUGGGGCGGGUGGAGUGGGCGCGUCCGGACCCCCGGGGCCCCGCCCCGACGGCCGCUCCGCCCCCAGGCAGACGGGCAACCGAAGCCCUCGAGAAGGGAUGUUCUGGACGAGUUCGACAGUGAGUUCCCUCAGAGUGUGACCUUCUGCCAGCUCAUCUCCGAGGAGGACUUCGAGAGGCAGGCGGCGACCUACACUGAGCGCGCGCUGCGCCUCCUCUUCCGCAGCCUCGACCGCAACCCGGCGCUGGCGGAGAGGGUGGUGCGCAAGAGCAAGCAGGCGGAGUGCGAGCGACGCGGGCUCCUGUACUUCCUUUGGGCCAAGGUCUCGUGUGCAGUCCAGGGGGAGCUGAAUUGUUGCAACAGCGUGGGCGCCCUGGAGAUGCACCAGCGCCUGGAGCAGCUCAAGAGGCGCAUCCACCGCGUGCACUUAUACUCCCAGGAUGAAGCAAUUGGAAGUUUCGAGGUCUGAAGCAAAAUUGAACUGGACCAGCCUGUCAUCGAACCCGAAGAGCCGUGUAGUCGAUCUGACCCCCUUGGUCCUCAAUUCUGGAGGUUUCCACUUCUCGUACUUGGCCAGGAACAAUGCGCACAAGCUCCACUGCCCUGGCUUCCCCUGGCCCUCAGCCUGUAGUGGUUCUGCCAGCACCGAGGAGAUGCUAUCCCCAUCUGUGAAGGCCUCCACCUUCACCCCGCCUGUCCUGCUCGAGAUCCAGCCUGUGCCCAGACCCAAAGAUGACUCAGAGAACGACCCUGGCAGCACAGAGUCCAUGCCCCACCAGAGGGACCCAUAACCUCUUCUGUACAGACCACAGCAACAAAAUAAAGUUCCCCUGGUGGUGCCUUCCUCGUGCCACGCUCCCCAGGGGCUGUGCAGUCCCAUGGGCUCUCUGCAACCCCAAGAGGUGGUCAGGGUAGCGCAAGCCUGAGGCUCUUUGGCCUGAGACUGCACACAGUAGGUGGUCAGGUCAGUGAAGUCCCCUCACUUGCACCUAACCUGGGAACUCAGUCCUGUGCACUUUGAAAGAGUGAUGAGUGCGGGGAAUGUGCUUCCCCACCCUGCAGUGACUCUGUGGCCCCUUUGGGCCUCACUUGACCCCACUGAGUUGCAAGACUACCAGUUUUUGCUAC